GACACAAGGAACAAUUUUUCCUGCUCCAAAUUUUAACCCUAUUAUGGAUGCUCAGGUGCUAGGAGGAGCCCUACAGGGAAUUAGUUGUGAAAAAGAUGUGUUGAUUGACAUCCUGACACAGCGCUGCAAUUCACAGCGGCUUAUGAUUGCUGAGGCAUACAGAGACAUGUAUGGCAGGGAUUUGAUAACAGACCUAAAAGAGAAUCUCUCUCAUCACUUCAAAGAAGUCAUGGUUGGCCUGAUGUAUCCACCUGCCUCCUAUGAUGCCCAUGAGCUCUGGCAUGCCUUGAAGGGAGUAGACACAGAAGAAAACUGUCUGAUUGACAUAUUAGCCUCAAGAUCAAAUAUGGAGAUAUUCCAGAUGAAAGAAGCCUACUUAAUGCAAUAUAAUAAUGAUCUUCAACAAGAUAUCGAUUCUGAGACUUCAGGUCACUUCAGAGACACGCUUAUGAACCUUGCUCAGGGAACAAGGAUGGAAGGAUAUGCAGAUCCUUCUUCAGCUGCUCAGGAUGCAAUGAUUCUAUGGGAAGCAUGUCAGCGGAAAACAGGCGAACACAAAGACAUGCUGCAAAUGAUUCUCUGCAACAAGAGUUACCAGCAGUUGUGGAUGGUUUUUCAGGAGUUCCAAAAUAUCUCUGGGCAAGACUUGGUAGAUGCCAUUAAUGAAUGUUACGAUGGAUAUUUUCAAGAAUUGCUGGUUGCAAUAGUUCUCUGUGUUCGUGACAAGCCUUCCUACUUUGCUUACAGGCUUUACAAUGCAAUUCACGAGUUUGGAUUCCACAAUAAAACAGUCAUAAGGAUUCUCAUUGCCAGGAGUGAAAUUGACUUGAUGAAUAUACGCCAACGAUACAAAGAAAGAUAUGGCAAAUCACUCUUUCAUGAUAUUAAACAUUUUGCUUCAGGUCACUAUGAGAGAGCUUUACUUGCUAUCUGUGCCGGUGAUGCUGAAGAUUAUUAAUGAAGAAGAAGAUGGAUUUUGAAGCCUGUAUAAAUCUAUUUUAAAUGGAAAUUGAAGCUGUACACAACACACUGUAAGAGAUACCUAAUCUACAUAAUAUAAUUGAAAAAUCAGUGCUAUACAUUUGUUAAUUUUAAAUCUUUCUUGAGCCGGAAAAAAUAUGUAAACAAACAUUGUCAGAAACAGAGCUUUCCCUCUAUUUCUGCCUAAUAUUUCUGUUAGUAUAAUUAAAUGUAAAUUAAUGGAAGAACUAGUAAAAGAACUUUAUGUAAGCAUGUAUUCAUCAUUUAGACGUGCAAUGUCCCAAACCUUAGACAAUAAAUGCUGAAGAACCUAUUCACUUCUAUUUAGGAGAGAAAAAACAUUUUACUUUAUUUAUUUUUAGCAGACAGAUUUCCUCCUUUAAAUGUUUUUUCCCCCUCUUCUUAAAGUUCAGAUUUUAUGCUCUGAAAGUGUAGUUUUAGUUACUUUCAAGCUAAGUAUCUCUCCCAGUCUAUUAUCAGUCACUCACUGAAGAAUACUCUUGUAUUCUUUUCCAUUUAGCACACCUACUUAAUGCAUUUCCCUUUUUCUGUUUGAAACUAAAGAAAAACAGAACCAAGUAUUGAUUUAGUGCCAUGCUCUGAAAAUCGCAGGACGAGGAAACAUGGCAUGGCCUUCUGCAAACUUACCCAGCCUGCCCAAUGGUUCCAUUUUGAAAUUCCACUGUCAUUUCAAUCAUUAACUGAAUAUGGAUAUUCUGGGUGCUGAGGUAUUCCUAGGGUGUCUCUUAUGGUGUAAUUUGUGAGCUGGCUAAUAAUGGGUAACACUUCACCACCAAACGAGGUUCAAAGAGACAGUGCUCCUGAACCCCAGCAGACGUAGUUUGAGAACAUUUUGUGACAACUCAUACUGAAGCGAAUAAAGGUGGCAGAACCCUGCCUCAAGUCAUCAUCCCGAAGGAGAACAUAACACUUCCUGAAACAUUUUGAGCCUAUUCAGUCUAUCAGCUGU